AUAUAAGUAAUGGAAAAUAUUCUACUUUGUAGUUCUUGUAUUUCUAAAAUAAUAUCAUUGAAAAGAAUAAAAUCGACAUGAAAGAAAAAAGUAAUAUUGUUAUAGUACUGGAAAGAGUUAUUCCUGAAAAAGAUUCUUUAGCUGACAAACUAGGGGACACUCAUUAUAAUGUUCUUCCAACUAGAAAGAUUAUUAUCAUUUUAUUAACUCUUUCGUUUGGUCAACUUGUCUCAUUUAUGGAUCAAACUUCCAUCACAGUGGCUCUACCUUACAUCGCAAAAGAUUUAAAUGCCCAAGAAACCAUAAAUUGGGCUGGAUCAGCUUCCUUGCUAGCAAAUUGUGUUUGCCAAGUUUUAUUUGGAAGGAUGUCAGAUAUUUUUGGAAGGAAAAAUGUUCUCAUGUCUUGUCUUUUAAUUUUGGUCAUUGGAGAUAUAGCAUGUGGUCUUUCUCAAACUGGAGUUCAAUUCUAUAUUUUCCGAGCUUUUGCUGGUAUUGGAAAUGGUGGUGUUUCGUCUUUGGGAAUGGUAAUUUUGAGUGAUAUCGUAACAUUGGAACAGAGAGGUAGAUUUCAGGGUAUUCUCGGUGCAAGUGUGGGAAUUGCUAAUGCUAUUGGACCAUUCAUCAUGUCUGCAUUUAUUACACAUUCAAGUUGGAGAAGCUUUUACUAUUUCUUAGCUCCAUUUGGAGUUGUGGUGAUAAUUGCUGUCUUCUUUUUAAUAGAGAGUCCUCAUAAACAACUCAAUGAAGUUCUUUCCAAAACAGAAAAGUUCAAAAAGAUUGAUUAUCUAGGUAUACUUACAGCUACAGCUGCGUUGACUUUCAUACUUGUACCAUUAAGUGGAGGUGGAUCUGCUUAUGCCUGGAAUAGCCCAAUUGUUAUUGUCCUUUUUGUCCUUGGAGGUUGUUUCCUAAUUAUAUUUUUGUUGAUUGAGUGGAAAAUCCCAGAGCUCCCCAUGGUACCAUUGCAUAUUUUUAAGAAUCCAACAUUAUGUAUAUUGAUGAUAUGCAAUAUCCUCUUUGGAGGUGCAUACUACAGUUUUAUGUACUACUUACCUUACUUCUGUCAGAUUGUGAAAGAUUUUGAUGUAACUCAAACUUCAAUUUUAUAUUUACCACUUGUGUUAAGCCAAGCAACCAUGUCUGCAGUUGCUGGACAACUUAUAACAUAUUCAGGCCAUUAUGGGUACAUUGUUGGCACCGGAUAUUUCCUUUGGUGUUUGUCUUGUAUUUUGUUGGUAUUUUGGAAUGAAAAAAUCAAAACAGUAUAUUGCGUAUUAAUAUUAUUGGUUAUGGGUACGGGUGUUGGGUUUUCAUUCCAACCAUCUAUGGUUGCUGUUCAAGCCAAUUGUAAGAGAGCUGAAAGAGCAGUUGUUAUUUCUGUUAGAAACGUUCUGAGAUCAUUUGGAGGGGCAAUUGCUAUUACUAUGGGAUCAAGUAUUAUAAGUAAUUCCUUGUUAAAUCAAAUUGAGGAGAUUAGAAAAUCUGGGGAAUUACCUCAAUCAUUCUUAGAUCAUUUAUCGAAACAUAUUUAUGAGAAGACUAAUACAAGUGGCCUUUCACUGGAAGAAGUUUUAAUGGUGAAGAGGAUGUACGUUUCAGCUUUGAGGAAAUAUUACUAUGUUUUGAUUGCAUUUAUGAGCUUAUGUUUUGUGGGUUCAUUGUUUGUCAAAGAUAGAGGGUUACAAUGUCUUGAUGAAGAGCCUACAAAUAAGAGCCAGGCAAAAGGUCAACAACCGUAUGAAAGUUCUUCUAGUUCUAGUUCAUCGGUUUAAUUUUAUUUUAUUUUAUUUUAGUUUAUUUUAGUUCAUUUUAUUUUAUUUUUGCUUUUAGUUGAGUUAUGGU